AUGGAUUCCCAGAUCCCAACCUACUUUUUCCCACGUCACUACUAUGCACUCUUUGUAGUUGUUUGUCAUUAUCUGGUCGGGACUCAGACCCAAUCUUCUUUGUCCGCCUUCCUACUUCAUGUCUCUACCUGCUUCUUCCGACCGGCGGGUACACUUUCGGAGGUCCACGCGGAUUCCUUGGGUUGGCGGUGGGCCCCCUCGGCGGCGUCUAUGGCGCCUUUCCUGGCGCGCUCUGCGCGCAAUGGAGGAGUGUCCAGCGCCGAUCCAGGCAACCCGCGCCGACCUGCGAGAGCUUUUGUUGGUGCAGUUUUUGCUCCUUCGGUCUUCGGGCUCUCGGGCCAGGACCUGGAGGACGCGUUCGCGAGGCUGCUGGUGGACCGGGCGGAGGUGCAGACGCUGGAGUGGGCGGAGCUCCAGGCUGCCGAGGCGGAGCGGGACGGCGGGGACGCGCGGGAGAACCAGGGCUACGUGCCCAGGGAGGAGUUGUCCGCUGACGGCACGCUGCUGGUAGUCCCGCUGGGCGAGAGGGCAGUGCGCUCAUGGACCCCGCGCGGCUGGCGGAGCUGGAGCUGGAUCUCGGGGAGCUGGCCGCGGCCGGCGUGCGCGCGGAGUUGCGGUGCCCUGCGACGCUCGGGCUCGACAGCGUGGCGCUGCGGGGCGAUCCAGCAGCGGGUCCAGGAGGUGCGGCAAGACCUGCAGGAGAUCCUGGCGCAUCACGGCCUGGCGCUGCCAGAGGGCUCCGUGCCCGCCCCGCGGGCUUGCUGCGAGAGGUGA